UAAAACAUUCACACAAAUUCCUCCGGAAAAACAAAGCAAGUCUUGCAAAAAACAUUUAAAAAGUUUCCCACCGACCCACUUUGUUGUUUUGUUGUCUUUGUUUUGAGUUUUGACAACUAAGAAACCAAUCUCUCCAGCUAAUGAUCAAACCCCAUCAACAAAAGUAAAUCUAUACCACCACAUUGUACACCAUUUCAACAUAAAUUCACAUUUCUGUGUCGAAAAUGGGUGCCUAUAGAGCCGAUGAGGAGUACGAUUACUUGUUUAAGUUGGUGCUUAUAGGUGAUUCUGGAGUUGGCAAAUCAAACUUGCUGUCGAGAUUUACGCGAAAUGAGUUUAGUUUGGAGUCCAAGUCUACGAUCGGAGUUGAGUUUGCUACGCGAACUAUUCAUGUUGAUGAUAAGGUUGUCAAGGCUCAAAUUUGGGACACGGCUGGUCAAGAAAGAUAUCGUGCGAUCACAAGUGCUUACUAUCGAGGAGCCGUUGGUGCUUUACUAGUGUAUGACGUUACCCGCAAUGUGACAUUUGAAAAUGUUGAAAGAUGGCUGAAGGAACUCAGGGAUCACACAGAUGCCAACAUCGUGAUCAUGCUCGUCGGGAACAAAGCAGACUUGCGCCACCUGCGCGCUGUUCAAACUGAUGAUGCUAAAUCCUUCGCCGAACAGGAACAUACUUUCUUCAUGGAAACAUCUGCUCUGGAGUCUUUGAAUGUUGAAAAUGCUUUCACUGAAGUUCUAAGUCAGAUCUACCGCGUUGUGAGUAGGAAGGCUCUUGACAUGGCCGAGGACCCAACUGUUUUGCCCAAGGGACAGACUAUUAAUGUUGGUGGCAAGGAUGAUGUAUCCGCCAUAAAGAAAACCGGAUGUUGCUCUUCUUAGGUCAUUGUCCAAUGGUUAUUGUCUAGCUUCAUUUACAACCCAAGAGAAUGUGAUCCUUGAUAGUCACUAAAGAAGGCUGAUUUACAACCCAAGAGAAUGUGAUUUAUGCAAAGUUUUCUGUAGUUAAAAACAUGUUUGAGCCUCAAAAAGUAAUUUACUAUUCUUACACUUUCCCUCGCUUAUACGUUUGUAGAGCAUUAUGCGUUUUACUAUUUGUUAUUUAUUGCUACUUUAUUUGUUCAUCAACCUCAGAGUUUAGUUUGCUUU